UCGGCCCAAUCAGUGUCAUUUUAACGACAACCUCUCGAGGGGGAAAGCUUCAGUGGACAAUCAUCCUUACACUAUUGCUCUGCUCCGUCUAGCCGAUCCGGAACGAUGGCAAAGAUCCUUUUCUUGGUAGCAUCUCUGCUCAUUUUCAGCAACAUCUUCGUCGCCUAUUCUGCAUUUCCUCCCAGCCUUAUUGUAGACAUUGCUAAGAUCCUUCUGGACAACUACUGCUCUCCAGAGAAGAUGGUGGGCAUGCAACAAGCCAUCGAUGCAGCCAGCACAAACACCGAAAUCUUAAGCAUCCCGGAUCCAGAAACCAUGGCGAACGUGCUCACCGCAGGGGUUCAGAGCACCAUCAAUGACCCACGUCUUAAGAUCACCCAUGAGCCAGAGUAUUCACCAGUUGUUGCCCCACAGAUGCCCCCGCUGCCCCCCGAGCAGCUCAUCGCCGUCCUCCAGAGCUCCAUCAAACUCGACAUCCUGGACGGCAAUAUCGGCUACCUCCGGAUCGAUCACAUCCUCGCGGAGGACGUGGCGGAGAAGAUCGGCGCUUUGCUCCUUGAACUGGUAUGGAAUAAAAUCCUGCCCACCACCGCGCUGAUCUUUGACAUGCGCCAUACCAGCAGUGGAGAUAUAACAGGGAUCCCCUACAUCGUGUCUUACUUCACCGACGCUGAGCCCCUGAUCCACAUCGACAGCGUGUAUGACCGCCCCUCCAACACCACCAAGGAGCUAUGGUCCAUGUCCACGCUGCUUGGGGAGAGGUACGGCACCGACAAGCCCAUCGUCAUUCUCACCAGCAGGAACACCAACGGGAUCGCCGAAGACGUCGUCUACUGCCUGCAACACCUCAAGAGGGCCACUGUCGUCGGUGAGAAGACCGCCGGGGGCUCGGUCAAAAUCGACAAGAUCAGGGUGGCCGACACAGACUUUUACAUCACCGUGCCGACCGCAAAGUCUGUCAACCCCAUCACGGGCGCCACGUGGGAGGUCAAAGGCGUCACCCCCGAUGUUGAGGUGAACGCCGAAGACGCCCUGGCAACCGCCAUCAAGAUCCUCAACAUCAGGGCCCAAGUGCCCGCCAUUAUUGAAGGCGCCGCCAACUUGAUCACAGAGAAGUAUGCCUUUGAGGCCGCAGGAGACGAGGUGGCAGAGAAGCUGAAAGUGCUGCUUGCCACCGGGGCGUACAACAGGGUCAACUCCAAGGCGGAGCUGGAGACCAAGCUCUCGGCAGAUCUCAAGAGCCUGUCUGGGGACAAGGGCCUAAAGACAACGAGCAACAUCCCCGCCCUUCCACCAAUGAACUAUACCCCGGAGAUGUUCAUUGAGCUGAUCAAGGUGUCUUUCCAUACUGACGUGUUUGAGAACAACAUUGGCUAUCUGCGCUUCGACAUGUUCGGAGACUUUGAGGAGGUCAAGGCCAUUGCCCAGAUCAUCGUCGAGCAUGUCUGGAACAAAGUUGUCAACACUGACGCCAUGAUCAUUGACCUCAGGAACAAUGUUGGUGGCCCCACUACGGCCAUAUCUGGCUUCUGCUCUUACUUCUUUGACGCAGACACGAAGAUCCUGCUGGACAAGCUGCAUGACCGACCUUCUGGAACCACCAAGGAGCUGUGGACCCUUCCCGAGCUUACUGGCUCAAGGUACGGCACCAAGAAGAGCCUGAUCAUCCUGACCAGCGGUGCCACCGCCGGUGCGGCCGAGGAGUUUGUCUACGUCAUGAAGAGACACGGCCGUGCCAUGAUCGUGGGCGAGCCCACCUCCGGCUCCUCCCACCCGGCGGAGACCUUCCGCGUGGGGGACAGCGACGUCUUCCUCGCCGUCCCCACCGUCCACUCGGACAACACCGCCGGGCCGGCCUGGGAGGGCACCGGAGUCACCCCCCACAUCCCCGUGGCGGCAGAGGCUGCGCUGGGUACGGCCAAGGCCAUCUUCAACAAGCACUUUGGAGGCCAGAAGUGAGUCCCCGUGCGAUGAGAGUUUGCAGAGGGUUGGGGGGAUCCUGGGGAUGUUCUUCGUAAAAGAUAUGUGAAGACUGACAAAUACAAGGCCAAGUCACACGGCAUCCACACUCCCUCUUCUCUCAAGUCCUCUGCAUUUCUGUUUUUGGAGCAUUGUUCGCGAUUGUAUUUGGUGAAAGGAGGAAAUUUAGAUACGUUUUAAAAUCAUUUUCGUUUGUGAAAGGAGGUUGUGUAGAAGAGUUAUUUAUGUUGCACAGUAGGUCUACUUGUGGCUGACUGGAGUACAGAUUCUUUAGAGGAUUGGGAGCUGUGAUCUAAUUAGCUACAAAAAGAACAACAUGAACUGUAGGAACAAAGACUGCACACACAAGCAAAACACAGAUUUGGAUCAUAUGAAGUGUUAAUCGCACAGCUCACAUACAGCUUCUGUGCAGCAAGGUUAAUGCUUCGUUCUGAUUUUCAAAAUAAAAAUGUAUCUUUGUAAUGAGAACAUUUUUACAUUUGGUCCUUUUUAACUGGAGAAAUGUAUGGUGGAUGAUAAUAAAAUAAAAUCCAUACAAA